GUUGUAGGUCUGAUAUAAACCUACACCAGGAAGCUCAUAAAGAGAAAAGGUGCAGAGAAGCAGCCAUCACGUCCAGAUCUAUGGGAUUGUGAGUAACGGCACAGCUAACAAGAUGAAUGGAGCUUUGGAUCACUCAGACCAACCAGACCCAGAUGCCAUUAAGAUGUUUGUUGGACAAAUCCCACGUUCAUGGUCGGAAAAAGAGCUAAAAGAACUUUUUGAGCCUUACGGAGCUGUCUACCAGAUUAAUGUUCUCCGAGACAGGAGUCAGAACCCACCCCAAAGCAAAGGUUGUUGUUUCGUAACAUUUUAUACAAGAAAAGCUGCACUUGAGGCACAGAAUGCACUGCACAAUAUUAAAACCUUACCUGGGAUGCAUCAUCCUAUUCAGAUGAAACCCGCAGAUAGUGAAAAGUCCAAUGCUGUGGAAGACAGAAAAUUGUUCAUAGGAAUGGUUUCGAAGAAGUGUAAUGAGAAUGAUAUCAGGGUGAUGUUUUCUCCAUUCGGCCAGAUAGAAGAAUGCCGAAUUCUUAGGGGACCCGAUGGGCUGAGCCGAGUGCACAGCAUCAAUAUGGAGUCUAGCAGAGGCUGUGCGUUUGUUACAUUUUCUACAAGGGCAAUGGCACAGAAUGCAAUCAAAGCCAUGCACCAGUCUCAGACCAUGGAGGGCUGCUCUUCGCCUAUAGUGGUGAAGUUUGCUGAUACCCAAAAGGAUAAGGAGCAGAGGCGUUUACAACAGCAGUUGGCACAACAGAUGCAACAGCUCAACACUGCCACUUGGGGGAACCUCACAGGCCUUGGAGGACUCACACCACAGUACCUAGCUCUUCUGCAGCAAGCAACUUCCUCCAGUAACUUGGGUGCCUUCAGCGGCAUUCAGCAAAUGGCUGGCAUGAAUGCUUUACAGUUACAGAAUUUGGCAACCUUAGCAGCCGCAGCAGCCGCCGCCCAAACCUCAGCUACCACCACCAAUGCAAAUCCUCUCUCCACAACGACUGGUGCGCUAGGAGCCCUCACAAGUCCCGUGGCUGCAUCAACUGCUAAUUCCACGGCUGGUGCGGCCAUGAAUUCUUUGACUUCUCUGGGUACUCUCCAAGGAUUGGCUGGAGCCACUGUUGGACUGAAUAAUAUUAAUGCACUAGCAGGUACCGUAAACAGUAUGGCGGCCCUGAAUGGAGGACUUGGCGCAACAGGCUUGACGAAUGGUACAGCAGGCACAAUGGACGCCCUCACCCAGGCCUACUCAGGAAUUCAGCAGUAUGCUGCAGCAGCACUGCCAACAUUGUACAGUCAGAGUUUGUUACAGCAACAGAGUGCUGCAGGCAGCCAGAAAGAAGGUCCAGAAGGGGCAAACCUCUUUAUUUACCACCUCCCCCAGGAGUUUGGAGACCAGGACAUUCUGCAGAUGUUCAUGCCCUUUGGGAAUGUUAUCUCUGCUAAAGUCUUCAUUGAUAAACAGACCAAUCUGAGCAAGUGCUUUGGUUUUGUUAGCUAUGACAAUCCAGUCUCUGCGCAAGCUGCUAUCCAGGCUAUGAACGGCUUUCAGAUUGGUAUGAAACGCUUGAAGGUUCAGCUGAAACGCUCCAAAAACGACAGCAAACCUUACUGAUCUUAACCCCAGAUGCUCACUGCUCUUGUUUUAGCUUUCUUAGGGUAAGUCCCAUGAGCAAACCUGCCCUUCUGUGGGGGGGAGGGGGGUAAGGAAGAACAUAUUGCCAACCUUCACCAAGAGACAAUUAUUUUUACAGUUAUCGCUUCCAUUUCCCCACUCACCACAAGUAAACUUGGCUGCUGUUUCCAGGCCAAGUAAUUACUGAGUUGUGUUACUGUAUUUUAUUUUGCGGCGUAAUUUAUCUCCAUUUUUUUUUCUUUUUCUUUUUUUAAAGAAAUGAUAUCUUAAGAAUUAAAAGCGACAAAAAAAAAAAAAGGUGCAAUUUAACUCUGUGAACCCUGGUGCCAUUAGCACACUUAGGGGAAAUAAAAGCUGUUUUGUAUGUAUGGACCCAGUCUUAUCAGAGUGGCACCAGCAGUUUAUAGGUUAAACAUAAUGGUCUUAUGCCAGCAGAAGCACUUAUUGUGAGACAAUGACAACAAAAAGUCUUUCCACUACAUCAGUUUGUUUUUGAAAAUGAUUUUUAGUUUUGUUUUUUGGGUUUUUUUAGGGGUUCAAAUCAACAUAACAUUCUAUUAGUCUGAUAUUACACUGGUCGUCUUUAUAUUUCACUUUUUUUUAAAAAGUUUUCUUUAGUUUUUUGGAAAGGAAUAAUGUAAAAAAGAUUUAGAGAUCUGUUUCUAAAGCUACAGGGUUUAAAAUAAAAUAAAAUGAGUGACGAUACUUGAUGUUUCUUGAGAGAUAAAUUUAAUAAUAAUAAAUAAAUAAAAAAGAAAGCCACAGGCCUGUAAAUUUUAUUUGUAAAAAGCAUUUCUAUUUUUAUACAAAAUUUUUACUGCCUCAGAAAUAAUGGAAGUUAUUUAUUGCCUAUUGUUAAAUUAUUGGAUACCUAAAGAGCAGCUCUCUAUGCUAGCUAGAUCCUUUGAAGUAGUCUCUAGAGUAAUUGUGCCAAGAAUGGGCGCUUUUUCACCGUUGAACCCUACACCCUUUACAGUUCAUGCUUUUAUCCUCUUGUUUGUACUUGUCUGGUUAUUUUGUUUGUAGUUUCCAUUUUCUAGUUUAAAGUUCAGUUUCUGACUUUUUUCUUCUCCCUACCCCUUAUGUUACAUUUGUUGAAAAUGGUUCUUUCUUCUCUCCUUCCCCCAAAGAUGAAUCCAUCUUCUCUAAUGCUUUUCAGAUGGAUUUGUUUGGGGUUUCAUUGUGCUGUUGUUGAUGAGUAUUGUAAGUUAAUGCAAAUUAUGUGAAUGGCUCAUAGACUCUUAAUGAUGAAAGAUUUGCAUUAGUUUUCUCCUGCACCCAUAAAAGUGAUUUUGUUUCUGCUGCAUAGAUUCUAUGUAACUUUUUUCCUCUUCCUUGUUUUUUCCCUAGACAUCUCCAUGCCCGUUAGUUCAUCGUUUGCCUAGCAUGUCCCUGUGGCGUCUAAAAAAAAAAAAAAAAAAAGUUUCAUCGUCCCGUCAUUGUUUCUGAUGUCUUUCUGACCUCACAUCAUAUUUGGUUCUCCUACUGACCUUUGAUCUAGUUUGACCUUUGAAAUUUGCAUGUGACCUCAUCUAGCUAUGAAUUCUGGGAAGUCAAUGUGAAAAAACAUUGCUGCAUUCAUGCAAGACUGAAAUUUAUUAUUAGACAAAUUAAUGAUAGGGUUUAAAACAAAAAAAAACAAAAACCUGUGGCAAAAAUGUUUUUGCUUGCUUUCUUUUUUUUUCUUUCUUUUUUUUUUCCUUUUCCAAAAAUAAAUAAAUAAAUAAAAUAACAGACUUGAAAGUAUUAUACAGGGAUUGGCAUUCUGCCUGGUCACUGGUGACAAUAGCAAUAUGUGUCCAGAGGCACAGAAUGUUGGUUUCUAACAGACUACUUCCAAAACAGUUUGAGAAAAAAAACUGUCUGAUUUUAAGUCUCUAGAGGUCUGUAAUAGUUUUUACAUUUUUCAGGCAGUGUAAAGUUUUUUGAUAAGGCCAUUUUAGGUGGCUCACUUUCUCAUUAAAAUAUAUAUAUAGAACCACUUUUUGUAGAUUAGUAUAAGAAAAUAUUUACCCUGUUUUAGGGCAAAUGCUACCUAUUUGUGUCACCUUUUGCUGAACUGACUCACAGUUAGACAAUCCAUGGUUUAAUGCACAUGAAAUUACCUAUAUUUUAUACUGUUUCAAUGUACAGGAGAAAGGUUACUGUAAACUGUGUUACGUUGGUGCUUCUGUGAAUUAAGUUGUGGUUUCAUCAUGAGUCUUAUGGUCUUAAGUGUUCUGUGUUUAUAAAAGACAAGUUUGAAAUUGGUUUACUUGAACAACAACAAAAAAUGAGUUUUAAAAAAAAAGUUGUUUGCUUAAAAAAAAAAAAAAUUUCAUGUGAAAAAUUAAAAACUAUUCCAGAAUAAGUUUGUGUUGGCUUGUGACGCAUUGAUGUCAUUUUUUUAUUGUGGACAAUUUAGAUGUGUUUGUGUUCAGCAAAAUGUGAUCGGUUUUUCUUUUAAAGAAAAAAAUCAGUGAAAAUAUAGUGCCAAAUUCCAAAGGUACUUUCUUCCUAGAGCUUCAGUGUGUUUCUUGUGUGAAGUAAUUUGAUAACAUGGGUAUUUUAUUAUGUGUUUUGUAUAAAUCCCUAAUAUUUAAAGAAAAAAAAGAGGUUAAAAAGUUUGUUAACUUGCUAUCCUGUGGUCUUGUUGCCUGAAAUUGUUAUUGUUUGUUAUUUCUCUUUGAUGUUUUUUGUAAAACAUUGUAUAAGUGCCCAUGUUUCACUUUUUUAACCACUCUGCACAUCAAUGCUGUGAAAGCAAACCUCACAAUGUAUUUUCUUCAUAAUGUAUGGAAACCUCUAAGGUGAGAAAGUUUUGAACUUUUAACCCUUUCCACCCAGAGCUGUCUUGAGUGUUAAUACCUUUUAUACAUUCACCAUUUUGCUGUUUAUUUUUAUAUAUAUAUCUAUAUAUAUAAAUAUAUAUAUAUACUUAGUUUUUUGUGGUUUAUUUAAUACAUGGUUGAAAUGAGAAAAAUGCACAGGGCAGAUCUGAAGGACAAAAAAUUAUUUUACUGCUGUCUAAAUUUCCUCUGUAUCUAUAACUAAAAUUAUUUAAAACCGUAAUUAACUUGUGGUUUUCCUUUUUAGAUUUUGGGUUUUUUUGUCUUUUCUUAAAGAGCUUUUAAUAUGCUGCUGGAAUUUGCUAUUCAGUAUUAAUAAAAUAAAAUAAAAUAAAAUAAACAAUUCUUAAUUAUCUAUUGUGUGAGCCACUCCCAGAUUGGAGUGGUUAUUCCACCAUUUGAAAACAUUGAGGAGAAAAAACAAUAUUUUUGUAAUUAAAUAAAUGAACUUUUGCUUAAAUCAGAUGCACUAGAUCUUCCUGGGUGAAAAUUCAAUGUGUACUGCAGUUAAACUACUUUUUAUGGAUGAAGUUUACAUAUGCUGUAACGCUUGGUGUUAUCUGCCAUUAUUCGUAUUGACAAUAUAUGGGCCCAAUCCUACAGACACUCACCCAAGUAACUUUACUUGCGCCAGUAGUCAAUAGAAUAUGUAUGUGACUUAUGUGGUUGUUUGCUGGAUUGAGCCCUAUGCACGGAACCCAAAAAGAGACGCUGGUAGCCUUUUCACUGCCUUUUAAAUUUGACUGGAUUGCAUGUCUACAGCACGAGUAGCCACCAGUGACCAAAUUCGGUUCUUUACUACUAGAAAAUAGAAUCCAUUGCCAAUUCAGUGCAUGUGAGCAGCAGUACCUGCUUCUGAUAACUAAGUGCCAUAUCUUCUUCCAUUAUGUAUUCCUAUUUGAUUAUAUUCAAAGCCUCUACAAUUAAAAGAGAAGCCCUAUAUGAACAGCAUAAAGACACAGGUGGUGCACUCUGUCUCUCGUCCCCAACUUUGCUUAAAUGCUCGUUUAUGCAGAAGCCCUGGGAUGGAAAGGACUAGCCUCUAGUGAUGCAAAAAAGUUUCCUCCUUGUAGCACAUGCACUUAUAACGAAACGAUCUAUAUUAUUCUCACAUGUUUUUACUACUGCUGAGGCCUUCCUGCACCCUUUGAGGGCUAUUUUGUAAUUCUUGCAGCAAUUUUGCUUAUUCAAAGUAUCAUCACACAUUAUAUUAUAUAUAUGCACCUAUAUAUAUAAUAUGAGAAUAUAAUCUGAUUUUUUUUCUGUUUCACUAAUUCUUCUCAUUUUAUCCACCAUAUAAAUUUCCAGCGGUUUUUCAAUGCAGCCACCCCAGUGCGAACUGCAGGUUUAGAGUCCAGUUAGAAUGUUAGUGUUAAUAUCCUAGAAUCCCAGCUGCUGUAAACUGGCAGAGGUUCAUAUACUUCAGAAGACAUCCCACCCCACCCCCGUGAUUUAUACCAACCGAGGAUCUGGCCCAGCAUUUUUAGCAGGGACUGUUUCUAUGUUUCCAGGUGACAACUGUGGGUCAUUGGGGGGGAAAAGUUUGCCUUUAUAAAUAAUAAUAAAAAUAAAGCUUAUAUCUCCUUAGAGACAAAUUAUCUCCCAGUUCCCUUUCAAAAUAUUGAAAGGAAAAAAGCUGCAAUGGUGCAAAGAGCCUAAUAAGAAAGGAAGAAAAACAAGGGAAAUUGCUUUCCAAAAUUCUAAUCAAAGGAACUAACUAGUAGUUUUUCAAACAAAUUAGCUAAUUGCAAUGAAAUGGCAGUCCUCAAAUGACUAACAAGUUCAUCUUUCUUUCACCAUAGGGGUUAUAGUUCCUUGGCUUGUGCUACUCUGAAAUCAUAUUACUGUUUCCGUUUUUAUUAUCUUAAGUGCUUAUUAACAAAAGGAAAAAAAAAACCUGUAGUUUCAUUACCUUUUGGAUAAUGUCAUACAAAAAAACCUAUGUAUUUGUGUUUUGGUUUUGGGUUCGGGUUUUGGGUUUAUUUUUUUUCGUGCUGUGAGAAUUGUUGUUUGUAGAUUAAUAAUACUAUUAUUUUGUUUAGAAUUACAAACUAAUUUUUAAGUAUUGUCUGAGAGAAGCCAAAGUUAAUGCAACUUAGUGGAAACUGUAAGACCAUUUGAGUAUUGUUUCUGUUUUAUUGAUGCAUUUGGAUUUUGUUGUUUGAUGGAAUUUGAGCCAAAAAAAAAAAAAAAAAAAAGCAGGCUUUCCUAUUUCUACAACUUGAUUGUACUUAUGCAUUUUGUACCAGUGGAACUUUUUAUACUGGAGAUUAAAAAUCAAAUGGAAUUUUUUGUGGCUUACUCUUGUGGGCCCCCUGACCAUGACUGAUUUUCAAGUUUGAUUUCUGGGUGGUAGAAAGAGAGUUGGUUUUGUUUAGAGAAUUAAAAACUUUGGCUUGCUAUCUUUUUUUCCUUUUGCUUAUAUCUAGUGUUUAGAAUUUUGUCUUUAAAAAAAAAAAAAAACAAGCGGUAAGUUUCACUUUUUAUUCUGUAUUGUGCAGUUACACAAUAAGAUAAUUAGAAUUAGGAGUACUCGGUCACUUUACGUGGAUAAAUGUAUUAGUUACAACUUUAGGGGUUUGCUUUUUUGCUGUUUAGAUCAAAGUUUUUUCUGAUUCUCCUGUCCUCAUUGUGAACAUAACCGUGUAGUUGAAACAGUCAGACUUAUUUUUGUAACGUAUGUUAUUGUGUGAUGCAGUUUUUUGCUUCUGUCUCCAAUAUUAAACCAUUUUCCUAAUA